AUGUUUGGAGGUUUACUUGCAAUGAAGCCAUAUCCGGAGCCACUUCCGGUUGGGUUUUGGGGUGAGCCGACGUCGACCAUUGAUUGGUGUGAGGAAAACUACGUUUUAUCGUAUUAUGUUGCCGAGUGGUCGAAUACGAUCACUAAUAGUGUGUUUAUUAUUCAAGCUGUGUACUUGACGUACUCUAGUAUACGCCACAAACUAGAGAAGCGGUUUAUCCUGACGAGUUUGGGGUUUGGACUGGUUGGGAUUGGGUCUUGGUUGUUUCAUAUGACUUUGAGAUAUGAGUUCCAGCUUUUGGACGAGCUCCCUAUGGUUUAUGCGACAUGUGUUCCUACUUGGAGUGUAAUGUGCGAACAGGAAUUGGUUGGAGAGCCGCGACGUAUUGGUACCGUGUUACAAAGGAAGAGAUGGUUAAUUGGGGCAUCCAUAUUUGCAGGUGCGUUGGCACUGACUUGUAUAUAUAUGUGGAUAUACACCGAUCCUUUUAUUCAUGAGCUAGCUUAUGCGUUGGUGACGGUAUAUGUUGUGAUUUAUUCUGCCCAUCUGGGUAGGAAGUAUAUCACUGAUUCAAAAGAAUGGAAUAACUUACGCACUUGUAUGGUACUGGGCGUUACGACGUUUGUAACGGCAUACAUCCUCUGGCAGUUCGAUGUACAUGCGUGUAACUUCUGGAUCAGGAUAAGGAGGGACUACUUAAUGCUGCCAUUUGGAACCCUUCUGGAACUUCAUGCCUGGUGGCAUGUUCUUACUGGAACUGGAGUAUACUACUACGUAGUAUACCUCAUAUACUUGAGACAGCUCCUUCAUAACAGGAGAGAUAAAUACAUGUUAAUAUGGCGAUGGAAGAUAUUUCCAGAAGUUGUUCAUAAUGACAACUCCCUCUGUCAAAACUAUUCUUUGGGGUUCUUAGGACCACUUCAAAGCCGUGCGACCAAGAAGUCUUCAGAUCAUCAAGACUAG